UCAAUAAUUAUUGAAAGUGAAUAAAAAUAAUUUAAGAUAUGAAAUUCAAAGACUAUUGUCUCAAAAGAAAUUCCAUAGCAGAGUCCCAGAUUCUGGAGCUGCAGGGAGAUAUUACCAGGUGGUCCCAAUACGAACUUUUAAAAAAGAGAUCCUCUCUGCCAGGAUCAGUAGGGGAGGAGGAGGCAGACAACCAUUUGUGGUAUGCCCUGAAUUAUCAGCUGUUGGCCUGUAAGCUUAUCGUAGAAUAUGGGAGACCUAUUCCAUCUGUACCGCCCCUCACGUCACACCUAAUAAUACACACUGACAACAGGCAGAGUGGGACAGAGGGUAGAGGGUCUGAGUGACUCACUGGGUCUGGACCAAGGUUAUAUAUAAUGUCAGGCUUGUUUGGAGACAAAGACACACACUAGAAUAACAGCCAGUAAGUCUAUCACAGUAGAAAGUCUGUGGGGCCAACACAGCAACUUUAACCACCAUGUCACAGGUGAGUUAAGUCAUGUCAAAUUAUAGUGCUUCAGGUGUGGAGCCAGAGUGCCAGCACCCUUUACUUUGCUUUUUGUUUUUUUACCCUUGGUAUUCAUGUUCCCUUCCCUUCUUUUUUCUCCGUUCCAGCCAGGCGAGGUAAAGAAGAAGAAGCGUCCCCCGAUGAAGGAGGAGGACCUGAAGGGAGCCCGCAGUAAACUGGGUCUAAAGGGCGAGGUCAAGAGUAAGACCUAUGAGGUCAUGGUAGAGUGUGAACGUAUGGGCAAAGUGGCUCCAUCUGUGUUCAGUGGUGUGAGGACUGGGACAGAGACGGCGCUGGACAAGCCGGCUGCUGCUGCUAAAGCUCCUGGGGCCAGUGUGUUCAACAAGUAGACGCACUGACAGACACAAAUAUGUAGCAAUGAAGAAACAUACUGCAGUCUUUAAGGUUCUGAGUUUUACAACAUAAAAAGAAAUGCAAUGUGUGUUUCCUUUUUCUUUUUUCUUUUUUUUAUAAAUCAAAAGUUAGUGGAACUGAAGAGAGAUAAGUGGGCUAGAUUUAUGCAAGUAGUGUGUGUUGACAUUACUGCUAUGUAAACAGUCAGUGUACUUCGUAGUUUGCACAGUGUAUCACACUUUGAGAAUAGCCUAGGUCUGAAUUAAUGUGGCCGAUGAGCUGUAAAUGUUCACAAAUAUUUUUAAACAUUUGCUUGUUUGCU